AUGAGAAGCGUUGGGAAGACUGUUAAGCCGGGGGACAGCUCGGCGUCCCUUGCCCUGCCCGGAAGGCAUGCAGAAUGGGCUCGCACUGUGUUCCGCAUCCGUAAAGGGGUCCAGACUUUCUCCUUCUGCAGGAGGCAAAACCUGCUGGUGACAGGUGGCAUGGAUCGGCUCAUCCGGCUCUGGAACCCUUACUUGCCUGGAAAACCAACAGGUGUGCUGAAAGGCCACAGGGCUCCUGUGAUCUACGUACACAUAGCGUUUGAAGAAAAGAAAGUGCUUUCCAUGUCUGCUGACAACACAGUCAAGAUCUGGGAUCUUGAGACCCACGGCUGCUGCUGUACAGCCUCUUCCAGAGCCACUGGCCUCACGGGAGAACUCACAGCCUGCCUCUACCUCCCCGGACAGAGAGCCCUGUGCGUGGCCACGGAUGGCCUGGCUUGCCUUCACCUGAAAGUGGGAUCUGUGCCAGAGCCCCACCCGGUGCGUUCCCACCGAGAGCCCGUGGUUUGCUGCAGGUACAACCCAGUCUUCAGGCAUGUGGUCAGCUGCUGCGAAGCAUCCGUGGUGAGAGUGUGGGACUUUGAAACGGGAAGACAGGUGUCUGAAUUUAUAGGGACUCACGGCAGUGCUGGCAUCACCUGUCUGACUUUUGACUCCAGCGGACGAAGGCUUGUGACUGGGGGCAGAGAUGGCUGUCUGAAAAUAUGGAGCUACAACAACGGACACUGUCUCCAUACCCUUCGGCAUGAUGAAAAUCAAAGUGAAGUCUGUGAUGGCACCUACAUGGAGGUAAACCAAAACAGGUGUGUCAUAGCCGUUGGAUGGGAUAGAAGAAUAAAUGUGUAUUUUGACGUACCUCGUGAUUGCCAUCAUUUCUGGAAGCCUCAGCCCCACUGGCAGGAUGACCUGCGCCGUGGGCACAAGGAAGACAUUCUCUGUGUGGCUCAGUGUCCGCCUUUUCUUCUGGCCACCUCCAGCUACGAUGGAGAGAUAAUAGUUUGGAAUGUCGUCUCAGGCCACAUCUACUGCAAGCUGAACACUCCCGGGGAUGGCCAGGACCCUAGAGAAGAUCCUGACAGAAGUGUUUCCCGACUCGCCUUUCUAAAGACCCGGGUGGCAAAGUUGGACUCAGCAGCUGCCUCCCUCAUCAGCAACGGGCCCACAGGUUCUGUCACUUUCUGGAAGCUCGUUAGUGGGGCUGGGCCCCUUGCAAACUUCACUCCGUCCAGAGGAAAAUCCCAGGUGAGUAGCAUCGUGGUGACAGCAGGAGACACCCUCACCUACCUGGCUGACCAGCAGGGCUUUGUCCAUGUCUACAACAUCCAGGAGUAUGGCCUCCAGGGACCAGAGCUGCAGGCACCCAACUCAGUGACAUCCUGGAGGGCUCACAUCGGCAUGGUGACAUCUCUGGAGCUGAUAGAAGGAGACAGCAGUUUACUGUCAUCCUCCCUUGACUGCACUGUGCGCCUGUGGAGCAAAGAUGGGGCCUAUAUAGGGACCUUUGGGCAGAAUCGCCCCUGGGAUGUUUUCACUCCUGCGUCAUGGGGUCACCCAAGGGUGCCCUUUGAGAAUCUGACUGACCAUCAGAGCCUGCCCACCCACCGAGUACUGGAAACGGAUGUUCCUGCUGGGUACUGGGAAGGAGAGAAGGCACAAGACCCCAUGACGGAGGAGGAGAAGGUCCUGCCGGAGACUGAAAAGACCCUGAACCGUCGUCCCUUCCCAGAAGGCGCCACCGCCCUCAUAGAGUCGGAGGUGAAAGCUGAUGAAAGCCAAUGGUCUUCGUUUUGCCGGGGGAGGCUGUUGUCAACACGAAGAAAGUCUUGCUGGAAAGUGCCAGAGCUCAAAUGGCCCAGCAUUUACCAAGCCCUCCAGUGCCAUGAGGUUGCCUGCGUGUCUGCUCUGGGGGAGAAGCCAGAUCUGUCUGUUAUUGGUUCCGACGAUUUGUUCUCUGUCAGCGUCUACAGCCAGGAACCCGAAGCCGAGCUGCUGGAAGGAACUCUGGCCGCAGAGUAGCUUCUUGCCUGAGGGCUGAGGGCCUCAGCUUCCCUCCCUGGCCACUUCUUCCCUGUGAGAUAGAAACAACGUCUGCCUGAGCUUAAGCUUUGGUCCUGGAGGAGCAGAGAACACACGGAGGAAUGAUC